AUGCUGUCUACGCUGACACACGACGAGGAAGAAAAGGCGACUAACCUUAACCACCACCCAUCCAAUGGACCUCAACUUCUGGCAGAUGCGUUUGGAGAGGAGGGACUUACCAUAUAUGAGAAGAAAUGUGUCCUCGUCAAUCGGGAGAUCGAUGCUAUGGGAAUGGGGCGAUAUCAAUGGUCACUAUGGGUGUUGUGCGGCUUUGGAUACAUGAUCGACCUGAUGUGGGCGCAGGCUUUUGGCAUGAUACUGCCUCCUUUGCAGCAAGAGCUCGGAAACAGCAUGGAUCAGACUGGUAACCUUUCGACCACGUUUACUGCUGGGCUCACAGCUGGCGCACUUGUUUGGGGCCUCCUAGUUGAUGUCAUCGGCCGACAGUGGGUGUUCAACCUAACGGUCUUUAUUGCCAGCGCCUUUGGCCUUUGCAUUGGGGCUCCGAGCACCUACACAGCCAUCCUUGUUCUUAUAGCUUUCACCGGAUUUGGCGUAGGUGGUAAUAUUCCUAUCGACACAACUAUAGCCCUCGAAUUCACGCCGCAGAGCAAGCGCUACCUACUUCCGCUGCUUUCGAUAUUUCAACCUAUUGGCGUCGUCAUAUGCAGCGUCAUUGCAUACGUCUUCAUUCCCAACUACUCCUGCAACCCAAAUUUCUCGGAGGCCAAUCCCUUGCCAGCUUGUAACGCCGUCGCCUCAGGCAAGCCCUGUUGCACAAAGGCUAGCAACAUGGGAUGGCGGUAUCUACUUUUCACGUUAGGUGGAAUCACGCUCCUCAUAUUCUUCCUCCGUUUCAUAGUCUUCCAGUUUCAGGAAACGCCGGAAUUCCUGCUGUGUCGUGGCAAGGAUGCCAAAGCGAUCGAGGUGCUGCAAUAUGUCGCGAAGUACAAUAAACGGACUUGCGCGUUGACGCUGGAAAUGCUAGAGUCAUUAGAACGCGAUUCUAAUUCUACCAGCAGUAACAGGCCUGUACUUGGAGGCGGCGCAAAGCAGUUAAAGACUACAUGGACCGAAAAGCUCAAGUUAGAGGGCGAUAGAUUCAAGAUGUUGUUCUCAAGCUUGCAGAUGACACGCUUGACUCUGCUUAUUUGGGUGACGUAUAUCUGCGAUUAUUGGGGUUUUACCAUCGCGGGCACCUACCUCCCCCUGAUCUUGGCCCUCAAGAACGGAGUCCUGCACUUGUCGCUCCGCUUUACCUACCGCUCUUAUAUCUACAUAUACACUCCUGGCAUUGUCGGCGUGCUCCUUGGCACGCUAUCCUACCGUGCACCGCGCAUAGGCCGCAAAUGGACCAUGGUAGUCUCCGCUGCGUUGAGGGGCGUGGCGGUUUUCUUAUUCAGUAGCAUUGACUCCGCGGCUUCCAAUAUCGGCUUCAACGUCAUGGAGAACUUCUGCCAGUCUAUUUUCAAUUCAGUCCUGUAUGGAUGGACGCCAGAGGCUUUUCCAGCGCCAAUCAGAGGCACAGCAUGUGGCCUCGCGAAUUUCUGGGGGAGACUAUUUAGUAUUGUGAGUCCCGUUCUUGCGGAGCGUUUGUAUACUAGCGGCAGGGGGGAGGACGAUAUCAAUGGUGUGCUAUAUCUGGCCGGGGGUGUGACGCUAGGAUGUGUUAUAACAACUGUCCUUCUGCCGAGCAAGCCUGUGGGUAGACAAGUAUCGUAA